ACUGAGCUUCCUCAUCGGCGUGUCGGAGGGACUGCGGUACAGAGGGAGAUCCAGCCGGUACCAUCUGCCCACCCUGUACUGCUGACCACCUACAGAUCCAGGCUCUCUAACAGUGGAUCACGGUGUCCAGCCGGCAUAUAACCAGAGGGUACAGAUCAGUGGACAGGGCUGAUCGAUGGAGCGCUGGAAAGGCAGAGUGGCGCUGGUGACCGGAGCCUCGGUGGGCAUCGGAGCGGCUGUUGCUCGAGCUCUGGUCCAGCAGGGCAUGAAGGUGGUCGGCUGUGCCAGGAACGUCGAUAAGAUCGAGAAGUUGGCGGCGGAAUGUCAGAGUGCAGGUUACAGUGGCACUCUGAUCCCGUAUAAGUGCGACCUGUGCAACGAGGAGGAGAUCCUCUCUAUGUUCUCGGCUAUCAAGACCCUGUAUCAAGGAGUGGACGUGUGUAUUAACAAUGCUGGACUGGCACACAAUGAGCCUUUGCUCAGCGGCCGUACCGACGGGUGGAGGAACAUGCUUGAUGUGAACGUGCUGGCUCUGACCAUCUGUACCCGUGAGGCCUUCCAAUCAAUGAGGGAGAGGAAUGUGGAUGAUGGUCACAUCAUUAACAUCAACAGUAUGGGAGGACACAGGAUGGUACAGAGUGCCGAUUCACAUUUCUACUGUGCCACCAAAUAUGCUGUGACAGCACUCACCGAGGGGCUGAGACAGGAGCUGAGGGAGGCCAAGACACACAUCCGUGCCACAUGUAUAUCACCUGGCAUAGUGGAAACAGAGUUCGCUUUUAGACUUCAUAACAGCGAUCCAGAGAAAGCUGCUUCUGUUUAUGAAAGUAUGAAGUGUUUGAAAGCUGAAGAUAUAGCCAGUGCCGUCACCUACGUCCUGAGUGCCCCUCCACAUGUUCAGAUCGGAGAUGUGCAGCUGCGGCCGGUGGAACAGGUGUCCUAGUGCAAAGAGACGCACUGAUGGAACAUAGAAGACGAGGAUCCAGUAGCAACAGUGUCUCUCUGGCAGCUGGACAAGAUGUACGAAUAACAUGUACCUAAAAAAUAAAGGAAGUGAGACGAGAUUGCAGAAUUAAUAAGAAAUCUGAAUAUCUGAAGCCUUGUGAGGGGGAAAUAACAUAUAUUCCUCUUAUACAGAUGGAAGAAAGUGAGCCAGAGUGGAUUGGUACUGUUCCACCUUACACAAGCAUUUUCUGCAUUCUGCAUUGAAACUGCAGAAUAAUUAAGUUCAUAGUUAAAUAUACUUUGCUGUAUGGUGGUGCUGAUCUGCUGCGAUGUGCUUUAGAAAACCUACAAUAUUCAUUCACAGUCUAAGCUGUUGGGUCAAACUAGGUGUGUCGUUUUCCCCAGGCCUAUACGUUACAUUUGCAACAUGUAUUCAAAUUGCACCACAAACAUAAGUACUGAUUAAUAUAGUUGGAAUGUAUAUUCACGUACAUCAAAACAGUUGCUUCGGCCUAUCUGAGAGGACUCCAGAUUCCAAGAAUUACAUGCAGCUUUUCUUGCGGAAUGCCUAUACCUAUGUUUUUUUAUUUGAAUAUAAAUGUGCAUAUUGUGUGGAUUGUUCUAAUUAUUAAUAACCAAAACUACAAGAACGCUUAGGUAACAUAUAAAUCAACCACAAAUGUAGAAACAUUGGCUCUGAAAUAAACUGAUCUAACAAAACAAAAAAAACUAACCCUAACCCUAACCCAGUGUUACAAAAUGUGCAGUGUGUGGGAAUUCUAAUAACACAUACACAAACAUAACUCCACAGGUACGAGGCCAAAAUUUACAUACAUUUCACAUGUGUAUAAAAGCAUGCAAACACAGCAGUAAAAGAAUUAAGUCUUACAAGUGAGGGAAAACGUUGCACCUUUUUUGUCCCUAUCUUAAUGAAUUUGUUAUUGAAGAGAGUCUAUAACAAUACUGUAUCGUAACACAAUGUGUUUGUAGCAUGUCUUGCCCGCAGAAACAUAUUUCAUUUUUUUUGUUUUUAUUGCAUAUGCCUACAUUUACUUAUAACAUUCUGUACCUUUUAGUGUUUCUAUUUCUAUUUCACAGACAUGAAUACCUCUUUAUUACCUCUUUGAUUCUUUAUUUUACCUCAGCAAAUUUGCAAGCCAAGUGUAACACACAUUCACACGUACAGUUAUUAUCAUUUACUUCACAUAAUCCUAUAACACAUGGCUACAGGUAGCGCACAACACCAUGUAAAACAGAAACGGAAUUUAAACUUUGUUUGAAAUAUAAGUAAAAGUAGUGCAAUCAUUCAAAUAAAAAACGACUAAACCUACA